AUGCCACUGACUGGCCACCCAACUCAGCUGCCGCCUCCACCAUCAAAGGUCCACAACAAGGCAACCAGGCAGCCCAGCCUGAAGGACCUUGAGCUGUCACCACAGCAUCAGCCGUAUGGCCCAGCUGUGGCCGGCUACCCCCAGGUGCCCCCUAGGGAAUCACGGGACUCUUCCCCUGAAGUACACGCAGGCUCCGACAAGACGUGGACCAAAUUUAACCAGACAGGUGAUGGGCAGCUAAACUGGAGCCACUUUGAGGAGCACCGGCAGCUACUGGGCAAUGAGGAGGACAGCAGUGACCGGCAUUCAAGCGACGAUGACCACGACGUCUGGAGCAUCGCGGACGACCAGCGCGACUACUACACCAACCAGUUUCAGCUCAUGCAACCAGACCUGCGGGGGAAGAUCACUGGUGCAGUUGCCAAGGAGUUUUUCGAGAAGUCAAAGCUUCCUGUUCACGAGCUAUCGAAAAUAUGGCAACUGUCAGACGUAGACAAGGACGGUGCUCUGAGCAUCGAGGAGUUCUGCACUGCGAUGCACCUGGUGGUGCUGCGGAGGAACAGCAUAGAGCUUCCGGACGCCCUGCCACCUUGUCUGGUCCCCAAGAUGCCUCCCAAGGGCGUGGAUGCUGUGGAUUCAACUGCCUACCAGGUGCCACCGCAUCCUGUCACCCAGCCAGUGCACAUAGCCAGCCCCAAAGGCCACACACCGCCCCCUUCGAAAGAACCUCUCUCGCCACAGAACAAAGAAUGGACCAAGUUCAGCGACUCCCCUACUAGCACUGUGUCGUCCCCCAGCAUGAAGCCGGUGAAUUUCGAUUUCUCCACGGCCUCUGUUGAACAGGAUCCCAGGAUUCUGCACCCGGUUGCUCGUCGUGUGUCACCUGACGGGCAUGCCCUCCCCUACAAUGAGCAGGACAAGGCAGGCCUGUCUGCGGAUGCAUGUGGUGACUGCAGGUCUGGAGCAGCACCAAAGAACAUAGUGAAAAGGCUUUCUGGCCCUGUUGUGCCUACAGCUCCUCAGCAGACAUUGGCUUAUGUUGUCACAACUGAAGUCUCUGGAGACAAUGCUGCAAACUCAUUCUCGGGGGCGACGGGUGCGGUGCCAGUCGGCUCCCAGGGCCAACUGCCGCCCAAGAAGGAGCCCCCUCCGCCACCACCUCCUAGGCCCAAGCGUAACCACACCCGCAGCUCCUCUCUUGACCUCAACCGCCUGGGCAAGGCAAACCCACAGAGCUUGGGAGCCCCGCCUGCUGUUCCUCCAAGGAUCUCUCCAGGAAACGAACAAGAGAACGAAGACAAUGAGGAGGUCGCUACAAAGAGCUUCACUGGAGAUAUUCCUCGAGCACUAGACUUUGCAGACUUUGACCAGUUCGCUGAAUCGCGCAGUGAUGUUGCAAGUGGUCCGGUUCAGCAACUUCAGCCUGGUGCAUUUGAGGUCUACAAGAAGCCUUCGGCUGAAUACAUGUUGCCAUCACCAUAUUCGUCGGAGUCCGAGUAUUCCGAUGAGUUCCUCGAUGACUUGGACUCUAGUCCAGCUCCCACUGAUGACAGUGCAAUGCUACUAGUCGACCAGACCGAUGACGCCAGCGAAAAGAAGAAACGACGCAAGGCACCACCAGCCAUGGCAGCCACUGAAAUGAAGACCAUUCCAAAUGAGAAGUACGGCUUGCAACAGGCAGUGCGGGCCCACCGCGAACGGAACAACAUGCUCAUGCUCCUCAACACCGAGCUGAACCAGGAGUUGGUGGAGGCCACCGAGGAGCGGCUCUCACUCGAGCUGCAGCUGGAGAACCUCAAGCCCUUCUCUUGCUGAUGCAAGCAGCAGCAGCAGCAGCAGCAGCAGCACUCGAAGAGAACGUCCCGUCGCUCCCAUGCCGACAUCUCCCCCCUCGGCCCUUCGGACACUGCUGGAGGGCCGCUCAAUUUGUCAGAAUCCCUCCCCCUCUCCUGGCUUUAAAAUCCUCUCCUUUUACUUUUCUGGAAAGUUCAAAAGAGAUAACGAAGUGGAAUUUGAUGUUGAGAGAGAGAGAGAGAGUGCGAGAGGGCCAGCAAGGCAACAAAAGUUGUGGAGCAUGUCUUGGCCAAUCGCGGUUAAAUAAAGCCCGUCGCUGCUGCAGCUGGUCACAGUUGUCAUUUUGUGCCUGGCAGCAGACCUGGGCUGGUGUGACCACCAUCUGCUUUUCUCUUUUUUUUUUCUUCUUUCUUUUUGCCCCCUUUGCAAAGCCUUUGUUCACUAGUUUAUUUUUUGUCUAAAGGCCAACUGCAAUGAACUUUCACUUUAGCUAAAUUUGUUAUAAGUAGUACACAACCAAAGCAAUCUUGGCAAAGCUGCAGGACUGGUAACUGUCUACUGUAUUAUUAUUAUUAUUAUUAUUAUUAUUAUUAUUAUUAUUAUUAACAUCAGCUGAUGACACAGUGGUUUAGCAAAUCUUACACAUGGCCUCCGAGACCUUCAACACACUGCGGGUGCUCCUCAAUCUCUGAGGUAGCACCACGCUGGUUCUCAGCGUUGUUGGUCCUGCGUCAUUUUUCCCCCCACCUUUUUUUAUUUUUUUCAAUCAAAAACAUUUGUUUUCGAUAAUUUUUUGUGGUGCUUCCACCCAUAUUUCACAAGUAAAAUUGUGCACGGAAGCUGCUUUUUAUCCAGGCUCCUGAAAGUAGGCUUUUAUUUUACACAGUUAAUAAUUUCAUUGCAUCUGGCCUUUGAAGAGAAACAGCAUGCUCCUGCUGAAUAAUCUGUGGCGUUUAAUCUUGCAUUUGCAAAGGCUCUCUAGCCACCCAACUGUGUAAAGCUCUGGAGAGGUGUCAUGCACAUUUCCUCUCACAAAAUACUGGCAUGGCUAUGGUUGAAAGAAGCAGAACUGUGUAUCUAUAAUUUAUGGUGAGCCAAGUGUCUCGCACCACGGCUGCUUCUGAAUUACAAUGGCUUGUUUGCUCAAGGCUUUUGGCCUCCUGCUCGGCAUUGUGUGGUGCACAUCUAUGUAUACAAUGUCAGCUUAAUGUGAAAAAAAUAUUUGCUGGAAUAAUUUUUGCCUGUUUUGCAUAGCAAGACUGCCUUAUUGCCCCUUUAAUGUGUGAAAAUUUAGUGUCGUUUGUAUUGAGUAGCAUUUGUCAUUAAUGUUGCCAGGUUACUGCUACAUGGGUGUGCUUAAGAUGAAAACAACAUUCAUAAUUGAUUCAUGUGGGGAUAACUCAUUCGAAUGCGUUUUGUAACUUAACGCAUCCAUUGGAAAACAAGUGCAAGAAUUAGAAGAAAUACGGAUCAUGCAAAUGUUGUCGCAUCUGACCUUUUGGCACAAUGUUGUCGCCACCUCACAUAGGCAUCACUUUUGCUAUUUAGCACCCUGAGGAACCUGACAUCAUUUGAAAUAUGAAAUGUAACUAUGUUAAAUGUUCCCAUGUGAUAGGGGUAUUUGGAGGAUUAGCUGCACUACCGGUGUUUGCGAAGUUAUAAUCUAAACGUCACAUUGAAGCCUUCAUUGUGGUGCAGCACCAGAGCAAAAUCAUGACUCGACUAAACAAAGCCAUUGUUCACCAAUGCCAUUCAAACGCUGCUUCAGCACAUAAGCUGGAAUGCCAUUGAGAAGGGGUGUUGUAUUCUUAAGGAUCGUCGCUUUCAGCUGCUUCGGAACGGUCGUGCGUUAAUUGGUUCAAUGCGUUUGGAUAAUUGUUGCUGCUGCAUACCUUGCUUGCGCCUGCGGGCAAGAACGUAGGAAAUUGAGCAAGCAAAGUUGUAAUUUGCAAAAACGGCAAAUUAGGCAAGCCUGACCUUGAUCCAGCUUUUGUAGAUGGUCAUGGAAGUACAGUUGACAUGUGAUGAUUUGAAUUGGUAGGGACUGCGGGCAUGUUUUCUUUUUAGUUCAAGUCUGGUUGCUCUGAAAUUUGUUGGAACAUAUAGCAGGCCAACCAAAGUAUUUAAUUUUGUUUUAAUUCACUGAAACGGUAAAUUAUUGCGAGUAUACUUGAAUAUUAUGCUGCUUUAGCAUUUUCACGUUCUGUUGGAAACUCAAUAUAUGCAUCUAUGCUUGCAUGCGUGGAUGGGCAUUCUCCUCCUAAAAUGCUUCUUGCGUGAGGCCCACUUAUUUCGUGCAAAACAUGCGGUAAUGGUGUCCGAGUGCAUAUGCAUCUUUUCUGUGCACUGGGCAACAUUUUGACGGUAGUUGGCAAAAGAGAUAUCGUGUCGUGCUAGCCAGUUUGCACUGUUUGUGCAUUUGGCACCCUGUUUACUCAAGCCCGAAUGCACCUCUUCUAAAGCACUCGUUGCAAAAAUUGUACCUCGGGCUAGCCGUGCAUCAAAGUUCAGCAGUGCUUACAGGCUUACAGCAGGCUUACAGGCUUGGCUCGUUCAGGUAUGGCUACUUUUGUUACCACCUAGUGGCUUUUGGAGGUAGGGUUAGGUGGAUUUUUGCACUAUCUGUUAAAAAACCGAGACAAGUUGUCUUGCCUCUGUCUUGUUCUCACCCAAAUGUUGCGCUGAAAUUGCACUUUGAUGUCUACACUGGGAUGAUAGUGGAUGUGUCAGUGCUUGCCCGACUCAUCUGAUUACAGACAAGUAAGUUCAACUAACUUGUGAAAGCCAGGCCAUGCAAAAGCAAGUGUAAUUGUACAACUUGUGCAGAUGCAUAAGGAAUCUUUAGAAUGAUCGGCGGCAGACAUCACCAAGUUGAACCAACAUAGUUGGAUCAUUCUUGCUAAAAGCCUGAAUUAUUUCCAAGUGCAACUGAGAAUCAUAACUUUCGAGGCCUUCAGCGCUAGCUAUUGUACUUUUUAGCCUUUCUUUGCUCAAUUUGGGUCAGAUAGCGUGAGUUGAGUGCUAUUUUGACCCAGUAUGCAGGCAUGGUAACAGGUGUUUGGCAUGGAGGGGCUAAAGGCAUACUCAAGCUUGUGCCUGCCUCAUAUUGUCUUCUGUAGAACACUUCGGUGUUGAUAAAAGGGGUAAUUCAUUGCAGUAUGAUGUGUGCCAUUUAAGUUAAGGAUACUGGAUUUGGUGUUCUAUUGCUGCCGAUAUAUUCAUUGGCUCGGUUCAAUACGCUUUUGAGACUUUGCACCUGGCUAGACUAAAUCUAACUAGCCCUUAAAGCCUCCUAGGGCUCGGCUGGGAAACUUGGCCCUCCCUGCACAAACCAGCUGUUACAGCAUUGCGGAAUGCGAUUUGCCAGUACCAAAUUUAGACAGGACAAAGCAUUUGUGGCUUAGCCAUUGUGUGCCCGCUUCAUACAGUCUAAAUUUGCCACUGAUCCAUUGCCACCUUAAAAUCUCGUGCGGUGUAGAGGCCAAAUCGCACACUCUGUGCUCCAUUGCAUCUCCUUUCCCAGUAGAUGGCAACACCUGUGCGUUAGGCUAAUUAGUUUCUCUGUCUGUGGCUAGGUUUGUAAAUGGCAAUAAUUGCCCUUGGAAUUGGGGUGAACGAUGCAGCUGCCGGAGACAAAUGUGUUACUGGAGAGCUUUAGCUUGUCUGUAUAAUGUAAUUGAUUACCGGAGGGAAUAGAUGUAAGUAGUUGCAUCACUGAAACCAUCAUGCAACACUGAGUUCAGCCACAGUGCGCAGAACAGUUAUUGCAACUUCAGUCUGUGUGCCACCUAGCAUCUUGCCUAGAUAUUAAUAUAUAGUGGCUCUCUCUUCUUCUCUCCUUCGAUGAGAUCAGUCUUAGAACACGAGACAUAAAAUGCUUUAUGGCUGAACGGAGUCACCACAGGAUGCCAUUACUGGCAUUGCUGAUGCUGUCUGCAUCUCGGGUGUCCCAGCAUUCUUUAUUUAGCAAUAAUAUGGAUACAAGGAAACCAAAACUUUCUACUAAACGCAGUCAAAUUCCAAUAAUUCGACCCCGAUGGGGCAGACUAAAUAGAUUGAAUUAUCUGGCGGUCGAAUUAAACAAGAUGCAGAAAAAACGCCAACACACAACACUGAUUCAUUCAGCAGUAUUUGCCAGAUUCUAAUAUGCCCUCGAAUCAAACGCGUGCCCUCUUUCGAGGCGUACAUAGUAGUAAACUAACGUAGAAAUGACAGUACAGCUCUUAAAAAAAAUAGAAAUCUAACGCCCAGACAAUUUUUAGUGCGAAAAGUUGUUGCACAAUGGUGGCCAGUUUUCUAAAGUUAGCUUUGCCGCACGGUUCUUAGUCGGCUUUGCCGCUAUACAGAAGCGUUAUGCAGCAAAGCACGCAAAUGUUGAGAAGGUGGUUGUGAUUUUGUGUCCCGAUUGCACCGUGCUGCCAAACAGCAGUCAAACAUUGUGAGCUACGGUUAUCGCUCAAAUUUUCCUAGGGCGGGCCGAAAAUGGGCAUUUCCGGCGAGAGAGGACUUGGGCUCAGGGCUGAGACAGAUGCAUCACUAAAGGGGUCGCUAUCGGGGUCACCACAAGGGUCAGGCACAUGCGUGCUGAUUGGUCAAAUUUGAAUUAUCCAGCGAAGGCCAACUCUAGGACCAAAAUAACGAAAGUUUGGGCGCAUAGAAAUGCAUGGGCCUUGGCCGGGAUCGAAUUAACCGAAAAAUCUAAUUAACCAGAGUCACAUUACCGGAAGUUUACUUUAGAACACUCUUUGAGUCUAGUUUCUUUGCAAUACCUUGGACGAGAACAAGUCGGGAUAUACACAGAAAGUUAAACCUUUUGGGCCAUCUCUGCAAGUCCCCGUAUUUUUGUGGUAUCGGUGAUUUGAACAGUUUGUUGCUGGUGGUGACAUUGGUGGCUCCAUUGAGCAACUUUCAUCAAUGCUGUGGCUGCUUCAUUAUUGGACUUAGCCCUGUGUCUUGUUGAUCCCAGUGCACUGACUGUUGGAAGAUUAUGUGCAUUUGAUAAAUUUGGUGUUCUUGCUUCUGUGGUUUUACAAGAAUUUGACAAUUGUUUUCUGUUCCAAUCAUGAGGGAGCUUGACACGUCUUGCAUAGUCGGACGAGUUCUUUGCAUGCAGUGCAGUACUCUAGCUUUUCAUCUGGAUACAGCUCUUGAUAGUGUUUGUCCUUAUCAGUUCUUUUUGUUCUUGGUCAUGGACCCGCACUGCUCUUGUCUCUGGGAUUGGCCACUCCACGUGAUGGGUGAUGACAUACUAGAAGCAAUCGAAGGAAAAUAAUUGUUACAAGAAAGCCCUUGGUGGGUACUCUUGCUCUUUCUCUCAGUGUGAGGCUGGUUACUGGAUGAAUUUUAAGCAUGUUAUUUAUUCAACGUGGGUGUGUCCCGUGUUUUUUAAUCUUGCGUUUUUUGAGGCUGAAAGUAAUCAUCAGCAGUAGAUUCAUUUCCCUGCUGCAUUCAGCAUGUGUGGCUUGUCCAGUUGUCUUUGCGCAGUUUAUGUUCUCAUCGCGAGUUCUCAUACGGACUGUGGUGAUGUGUCAAAAGUGUUCAGCAGGUGUAAAGCGACAUCAGCAGUUCCACGCAUGGGGUCUUGCACAAUAAACACAAGUGCAACUUCUGCAACCAUAUUAGGUGUGUUGUGAAGCUGCCGAUUUUGCUCGUGUAGUUGAUAACAAUUGCAUUGGAAAAGAUAAGUGACUUCAUUUUAUUUUUAACAAUGGGGUUGAGGCAAAUGUGGAUGUUACUCACCCAUGUGCACCUUUGUACGUUGCACCCGUCUGCUUUAGUUACGAGCCGUUCCAGUGUCGAGCCGCUUGUGAUUGGUCAAUGUGCAGCACUCUAUUUGCAGCACUGGUUACACGAAAGCCACAGACAGCUGUCGGCUUUGCACACUGGGGCCACUUCACUUUCAUUUGGCACCUGUGUACAAUGGUUGACCGAGGCGUGCCAUGUUGGAACUGUGUUCUUGUCAAGUGGUAAGGUUUUUCCUUGGCAGUGCGCCAGGUCUGGAAAUGGGGGCUCCCCAGAGAGAGAGAGUAGUGAUAUGUACAUAACUUAGUCUUGUACAAAGAAAAGGAAAGUGGAAGAAGAGAUAGUAACCUUAGAGAGAGCCUCCAUCCUGUCUGGCAUAUAUGCAACUGUGUUGGUGUGCAUAUAGGUUGUAAAGUGGUAUAUAUAUAUAUAUACAUAUGUGUGAAUGCGUGUAUAAAUAUUUUCAUUUACACAUGGCAUGCGGUGAAAUGGCGUGUUAUCCCGUUGUCAUAUCCUUCUGGCAGCUUGUUAUCCAUGCACGCGGGGGGCACCCCCUCCAUUUGUAAAGCAUCCGGAGGAAAAUGUUGGCCUGGUAGUAGCCGUACUUUUUGGCACUGACACGAAAUGUAAUAGAUCUGGGAUUCAAGGAAGAAAAAAAGAAACGAAGCCAGUGCCAAAGUACUUCUCUGAGCGUAAUUUUUGAUGGCCACUGCCACAUUUUCCUCUGACUGAAAACGGCAUCGCGUGAAGCCAUUGAUGUGUGCUUCUUGAGCAGCCGGCCACCCCGAGAAGUUGUUUUAGAAGCAAAUAUUUUUCAUAGUGUUCACGCGUACACUUGCUCCGACGUUGUUUGGAGGUUGUUGCAGGUGUCCUGUGUCCUUGUUUUCUCGAGAUUGUCAGAGGCCCCGCCAUUUUAUUUUCUCUCUUUAGCGGGACUCGAUAACUUGAGUGCAUUGUUGAGCCUGUCUGUCUGCUAUGAACGCCUCGGCUGCAGACAGCUUGAGUAGUGUGCAAAUCUUGUUAGUGUUUCAGGUGAACACCACUACACGCCCGCUGACGGUCUUUUUCUACACGCCAAAAUAUUAUAUUCGUGCAAAGCUAAUGAGAGCCCAGUAAUGAUCUCGCGCGUAAAAAGCAGUUGCGAUUGUGUCUGUGGUUGUGGAGCCAAGGUGUGGAAAUAAAAAAAAGUUGUUCAUGCCAAUGC